CUUUCCAUUUGAUAUUUUUUUCUCUCUCAAAUGGAAUCACGGCGAGGGAACCAGAUGGCGGGGGAGGAGGAGUUUUCCGAUCUAGCCGCGGCGAGGCGGAUCCAGCGAUUGUCGUCGCACAUCUCCCCCGCGCUAACGCCUCCGUCGUCUCAGGUGCAGAGGGAGGUUUGUUCUUCGCGGACGACGAAGAAGGUGGGGGUGAACAGCCAGGCGCUGUCCGUGUACAUGAGGGGGAAACACAUGGACGUGCAGGAGAAAGUGUACGAGUUCUACAAUUCCCGGCCCGAUCUGCAGACGCCGAUCGAGAUCUCGAAGGACGAUCACCGGGAGCUGUGUAUGAGGCAGCUGCUGGGGCUCGUGAGGGAAGCAGGGGUGAGGCCGUUUAGGUAUGUCGCGGAUGAUCCUGAGAAGUACUUCGCCAUCAUGGAAGCUGUUGGUAGCGUUGAUAUGUCGCUUGGGAUCAAGCUCGGCGUUCAAUACAGUCUUUGGGGAGGAUCUGUGAUUAAUUUGGGAACGAAGAAGCAUAGAGACAAGUAUUUCGAUGGAAUUGACAAUCUCGACUACACUGGUUGCUUUGCUAUGACUGAGCUCCACCAUGGUUCAAACGUUCAGGGUCUCCAGACCACGGCCACGUUCGAUCCCAUUACAGACGAGUUCGUGAUCGACACGCCUAAUGAUGGAGCCAUCAAAUGGUGGAUUGGAAAUGCUGCAGUUCACGGGAAGUUCGCCACUGUUUUCGCCAGGCUCAUCCUUCCAACUCAUGAUACCAAAGGAGUGUCUGACAUGGGUGUCCACGCCUUCAUUGUUCCCAUAAGGGAUAUGAAAACUCACCAGACGCUCCCUGGUGUUGAGAUUCAAGAUUGUGGACAUAAAGUGGGCCUCAAUGGUGUGGACAACGGUGCUUUGAGGUUCCGUUCUGUGAGAAUACCCCGUGACAACCUUCUCAAUCGGUUUGGAGAUGUGUCACGAGACGGGAAGUAUACAAGUACUUUACCAACAAUCAACAAAAGAUUUGGAGCAACACUCGGUGAGCUUGUAGGUGGACGAGUUGGUCUUGCUUAUGCAUCUGUUGGCGUCCUUAAAAUAUCCGCCACCAUUGCUAUUCGUUACUCGCUGUUGAGGCAACAGUUCGGUCCUCCAAAGCAACCUGAGGUCAGCAUUCUUGAUUACCAGUCUCAACAACACAAGCUCAUGCCGAUGUUAGCCUCCACCUAUGCGUACCAUUUUGCAACAGUGUACCUCGUGGAGAAAUAUUCAGAGAUGAAGAAGACUCAGGAGGAGCAAUUGGUUGCUGAUGUCCAUGCGCUCUCUGCGGGGCUCAAAUCUUAUAUAACGUCGUACACCGCUAAGUCACUCUCGGUCUGCAGAGAAGCUUGUGGAGGACAUGGUUACGCAGCUGUUAACAGGUUUGGAAGCUUGAGAAACGAUCAUGACAUUUUCCAAACAUUUGAAGGAGACAACACUGUGCUUCUGCAACAGGUGGCAGCUGAUUUGCUUAAGCGAUACAAAGAGAAGUUUCAAGGUGGGACAUUGACAGCUACGUGGAGUUACUUGAGAGAGUCGAUGAACGCUUACUUGUCUCAGCCAAAUCCUGUUACAGCUCGUUGGGAAAGUGAAGAUCAUCUAAGAGAUCCUAAAUUCCAACUAGAUGCUUUCCGGUAUCGAACAUCGCGUCUCCUACAAAGUGUUGCAAUGAGAUUGACGAAACACACCAAGACCCUUGGACCAUUCGGCGCUUGGAACAGAUGCUUGAAUCAUCUCUUGACACUUGCGGAGUCUCACAUUGAAUCAGUCAUUCUCGCCAAGUUCAUUGAAGCUGUUCGAAAGUGUCCGGACCGAAGUGCAAGAGCUGGUCUGAAACUAGCAUGUGAUCUUUACGCAUUGGAGCGAAUAUGGAAAGAUAUAGGAACCUACCGUAACGUGGAUUAUGUGGCGCCUAACAAAGCCAAGGCGAUUCAUAAGUUGACCGAGUAUUUGAGUUUUCAAGUAAGGAAUGUGGCCAAGGAACUAGUGGACGCUUUCGACCUACCGGAUCAUGUUACUCGAGCGCCAAUUGCUAGGCAGUCUGAUGCUUAUGCACAGUAUACUCAAGUUGUUGGAUUCUGAAAAAGGUGAAAGGAAGAAAAAAAGAAAUAUCAGAUUGAAAUAAUUAAAUCUCCUUCGAGUCUUUUUGAUACGAAGUGAAAAUAACAAUUUAUAGUACGUGUUGUCCCUUUUCUGUUAUGUGUUUUGUGUAUUCGUUGCUAUUUGUUUUCCACAUGGGAAUAAAUCAAGUAAGAAACAUUGAACUUCA